AUGGUGGAAGAUGCGGCGGUUGUGGUGCGCUACCGACCUCUCAAGCCUGCAGAAGCAUUUUUUCUACAUGGACGUCCUUUAGUUGACCCACAUAGACCGCGUCUCUAUUUGUCCCGAAGAUUCGAUUUCCUACUCCUUGUGGGCAUUUUGCUUAGCUUUAUGGCGCUCCUUGCACAUGUGCUCUUGGUGAUUCUCACACUACCAGCGACUCCAAAAUCGUCCAACUAUGUCACAUCGCAGUGUGCCAACAUGGAGGGCCUGUGGAAUAAGGAGAAAAAUGUUCUACGAUUUUGGGCUGUUCCUUAUGCAGUACCGCCGGUGACAAAAAACGAGGUCAGUUUUCCCCAUGUGAUGUAUGAUAUAUCGGCUAAGUAUAACCUCACCGAUGGUGGAUAUCGUUGGUUCAAGACCAUGACCGUUCCAGACACGGAAUACUGUUUUCUCAGUUACGACGACCGUUGUAACUUCAGAUUUGGUCAGUGGACUUGUGUGAUGCGUCGGCCAAACAAAACAACUGCAUGUGUUGAGUUAAACAGUGAAGGAAACGUUGUCGGCGGUGCAACAGAGAAUUGUCUUACGUUAGACAUCGCAAGUCCAGUGUUCAAGGGCACAUUGUUACCGGUUAUUGCGGUCAUCACAGGCUUUCGAUCGAUAAAAAAUCCAACGAAUCCUUUUGGGACAAACGAAGCCGCAUACCUUCCCACAGAUGAGGCUGUCUUACGAUUCGGAGCGAUUUGG